AGCCCCACUGGUUGUUAAGUCAUAAAGAGAAGCAUUCCUUCUCCACUCUCCUCACUUCAUUUUAUCCAUCUUUUAUAUAGUACCAUAUAUUUUUCACAACCUCAAAAACUUUGUCCCUACAAGAAAACACAUAUUCAUACAGAAAGAAAGCUAAGAUAUGAACUACAAGAAAUUAGGAGGGUGCAGUAAGAUGAGAGGAUUUAUGUGCCAGCCUGAAGUGUCAACUGCAGUGUGCAUGAACUGUGAUUCAAGGUCAGUUAUCGUGCCGGUGGCCCGGCGUAGAAUGUUGAUGGAAGAACAUGCAAAAUUAAUUAACAACUACUCCAAAUGUACUAGGUUAGGGGAUGUACCUCGUACACUUGGUUCUAUGCCUAUUACUGCUAAUGCUACUACUAUAAGUAGGAGAUCAAGAAAUGCUGCUGAUGCUGUUGGUUCCUCUGUUUCCUCUGUUCCUGUUUUGACUAUUUCUAAGAGAGAUCAAGAAAAUGGUUCCCAAAUUGUUCCUUCACUACCCUCAUCAGAUAACUCCUUCCAGGUAGUUGUGAUGAGAGUGUCACUUCAUUGUCAAGGCUGUGCUGGUAAAGUGAAGAAACAUCUCUCAAAGAUGGAAGCAGGGGUGACAUCUUUUAGCAUAGACUUGGAUAGCAAAAGGGUAACAGUGAUGGGACACGUGUCACCAGUUGGUGUGUUGGAAAGCAUAUCGAAAGUGAAAAGAGCUGAAUUUUGGCCCUGAAUAUUUGUUGAAGAAGAAGCAGAAGACAAGUGUAUUGCCUAAAAGUGACCAAACAAUAUUGUUUUUGAUUUGAUCAUUGCAUGAACAUGAACAGAAAAGAAAGACUUAUUAAAGAAGUAGCCAAACAGAAACCUCGAAAGUGUUUUUGGCAUUUGCUUUCUAUUUAGGUAGUGUCUGUUUUAAAUUCUAUGGUCCCAUCAAUCCUCAUUGAUGAAAAGGGCUGCUGUGCAAAAUUGUUAACUAUCAUCAUGUGAACAAUGCCAGUACUGAUGCUGAUUUCCUUGUCCCAUA